GGGAGGAGGAGCAGGGAGCUAGCGGGCGGGCGCGCCGUGCGGCGGGCAGCUUCCCCUCUGCUCGCCGGCCAGCAGCCGCGUGUCAGGGCGCCGGAGAGAAGGCAGGCAGGACACCGUCACUGGGUUAGGGGCCACUCCGACGACCUCUUCUUGAGCUGAUCACCUCUGCAGAGAGCGUAUUUCCACAGACGGUUCACAGGUGCCGGGAGUCGGGACUUGGACGUGUCCAUCUGGGUGACCCCACAGGGAGGACAUCCCCAACCAAAGCCUUGGCGGGAGUGGUGACAGGAGUGGUCGGCCAGAGACACCCAGGGUGGGGGAGGUCCUCAUGCAGGAGGCUGGGGGCACCCGUCCUGGAGGCCCCAGGGCUGCUGCACCUGGCUCGGGGCCCGGCCUGUGCCGGGGUGAGAUCGAAUUUGGAGGGUCUGGGAAGAAGCGAGGCAAGUUCGUGAAGGUGCCCAGCGAUGUGGCCCCCUCCAAGCUCUUUGACCUCCUGCUGACCGAGUGGCACCUGCCUGCUCCCAACCUGGUGGUGUCCCUGGUGGGAGAGGAGCGGCCAUUUGCCAUGAAGUCCUGGCUGCGGGAUGUCCUGCGCAAGGGGCUGGUGAAGGCAGCUCAGAGCACGGGGGCCUGGAUCCUGACCAGUGCGCUCCGAGUGGGCCUCGCCCGGUACGUCGGACAGGCCGUGCGUGACCACUCGCUGGCCAGCACGUCCACCAGGGCCCGUGUGGUGGCCAUCGGCCUUGCCUCGCUGGGCCGCGUCCUACACCGUCAGCUUCUGGAAGAUGCCCAGGAGCACAGCCCCGUCCACUACCCCACGGACAACGGCAGCGGCCAGGGCCCCCUCUACUCCCUGGACAACAACCAGGCCCACUUCAUCCUGGUGGAGCCUGGGCCCCCUGGGAAGGGGGACGGGCUGACGGAGCUGAGGCUGAGGCUGGAGAAGCACAUCUCGGAGCAGAGAACUGGCUACGGGGGCACUGGCAGCAUCGAGAUCCCUGUCCUCUGUCUGCUGGUCAAUGGUGACCCCAGCACCCUGGAGAGGAUUUCCAGGGCCGUGGAACAUGCUGCCCCGUGGCUGAUCCUGGCGGGCUCAGGGGGCAUCGCGGACGUGUUGGCCGCCCUGCUGAACCAGCCCGACCUCCUGGUGCCCCAGGUAGCCGAGAAGCAGUUUAAAGAGAAGUUUCCGGGCGAACAUUUCUGCUGGGAGGACAUCGUACACUGGACGGAGCUGCUGCAGAACAUCAUCUCCCACCCGCAACUGCUCACCGUGCACGACUUCGAGCAGGAGAGCUCCGAGGAGCUGGACACUGUCAUCCUGAAGGCGCUGGUGAAAGCCUGCAAGAGCCACAGCCAGGAAGCACAGGACUACCUGGAUGAGCUCAAGCUGGCCGUGGCCUGGGACCGCGUGGACAUCGCCAGGAGCGAGAUCUUCAACGGGGAUGUGGAGUGGAAGUCCUGUGACCUGGAGGAGGUGAUGAUGGACGCGCUGGUGAGUGACAAGCCCGAGUUUGUGCGACUCUUUGUGGACAACGGCGCCGACAUGGGGGACUUCCUGACGUACGGGCGGCUACAGCAGCUCUACCGUUCCACACCCCCCAAGAGCCUGCUCUUCGACCUGCUGCAGCGCAAGCACGAGGAGGGCCCGCUGACACUGGCCGGCCUGGGCGCCCAGCAAGCCCGUGAGCCGCCCGUGGGCCUGCCUGCCUUCUCCCUGCAGGAGGUCUCCCGCCUGCUCAAGGACUUCCUGCACGACGCCUGUCGCGGGCUCUACCAGGAGGAACGGGGGUCGGCCAGGCGGCCCGAGGGCCGGAAGUGGCUGCUGGAUCUGAACCGAAAGAGCGAGAACCCCUGGCGGGACCUGUUCCUCUGGGCCGUGCUACAAAACCACCACGACAUGGCCACCUACUUCUGGGCCAUGGGCCAGGAGGGGGUGGCCGCCGCUCUGGCCGCCUGCAAGAUCCUCAGAGAGAUGUCGCACCUGGAGACCGGGGCGGGGGCGCACUGCACCAUGAGCGAGGCCAAGUACGAGCAGCUGGCCCUGGAUCUCUUCUCCGAGUGCUACAGCAACAGCGAGGACCGUGCGUUCGCCCUGCUGGUGCGUAGGAACCGCUGCUGGAGCAGGACCACCUGUCUGCACCUGGCCACCGAGGCCGACACCAAGUCCUUCUUUGCCCACGAUGGGGUGCAGGCCUUCCUGACCAAGAUCUGGUGGGGGGACAUGGCAUCGGGCACGCCCAUCCUGCGGCUGCUCUGUGCCUUCCUCUGCCCGGCCCUCAUCUACACCAACCUCAUCACCUUCAGCGAGGAGGCCCCGCUGAGGACGGGCCCCAAGGGCCUGCAGGAGCUGGACAGCCUGGACACGGAGAAUAGACUGCUCUGCAGCCCCGGCAGCGGGCUGGAGGAGUUGGCUGAGGCACCAAGGGCUCAGGGCGACCGAGGGCCGCGUGCUGCCUUCCUGCUCACGCGCUGGCGCAUGUUCUGGGGCGCGCCCGUGACCGUGUUCCUGGGGAACGUGGUCAUGUACUUUGCCUUCCUCUUCCUGUUCACCUACGUCCUGCUGGUGGACUUCAGGCCACCUCCUCAGGGGCCGUCUGGGCCUGAGGUCACCCUCUACUUCUGGGUCUUCACACUAGUGCUGGAAGAGAUCCGGCAGGGAUUCUUCACAGACGAGGACACACAUCUGGUGAAGAAGUUCACGCUCUACGUGGAAGAUAACUGGAACAAGUGUGACAUGGUGGCCAUCUUCCUGUUCAUUGUCGGCGUCACCUGCAGGAUGGUGCCCUCCAUGUUUGAGGCGGGCCGCACAGUCCUUGCCAUUGACUUCAUGGUGUUCACACUCCGACUCAUCCACAUCUUCGCCAUCCACAAGCAGCUGGGCCCCAAGAUCAUCAUCGUGGAGCGCAUGAUGAAGGACGUCUUUUUCUUCCUCUUCUUCCUGAGUGUGUGGCUUGUGGCCUACGGCGUGACCACGCAGGCGCUGCUGCACCCCCAUGACAGGCGCCUGGAGUGGGUCUUCCGCCGUGUGCUCUACCGGCCCUACCUGCAGAUCUUCGGGCAAAUCCCACUGGACGAGAUCGAUGAAGCCCGCGUGAACUGCUCCCUGCACCCCCUGCUGCAGGAGGACUCCCCCUCCUGCCCGAACUUCUAUGCCAACUGGCUUGUCAUCCUCCUGCUAGUCACCUUCCUGCUGGUCACCAACGUGCUACUCAUGAACCUACUGAUCGCCAUGUUCAGCUACACGUUCCAGGUGGUGCAGGGCAACGCCGACAUGUUCUGGAAGUUCCAGCGCUAUCACCUCAUCGUGGAGUACCACGAGCGCCCCGCCCUGGCACCACCCUUCAUCGUCCUCAGCCACCUGAGCCUGGUGCUCAAGAGGUUCUUCCAGAAGGGGGCCGAGCAGAAGCGGGAGCACCUGGAGAGAGACUUGCCGGAGCCCCUGGACCAGCAGAUGGUCACCUGGGAGGCAGUUCAGAAAGAGAACUACCUGAGCAAGCUGGAGAAGCAGAGGAAGGACAGCAAGGAGGAGGUGCUGCGGAAAACCGCCCACAGGGUGGAGUCCGUAGCCCAGUACCUCGGGGGGCUGAGAGAACAAGAAAAGCGCAUCAAGCGUUUGGAGUCACAGCACAGCUACCGGACGGGAGGGUCACGGGGUAGCAGGGCCCUGGGGCCCCCCGGACGCCUCUCCCUCCUCCUCCAGAUCGACUACUGCGCGGCGCUCCUGCCGUCCCCCGCGGCCCCACUGUCCUCUGGGACUCGGAGCAGCGCCUGCUGCGCAGCCUCCCAGACCUUCAAAGGUGGACAUCAGCAAGCCUCUGCAGGCCUCAGAGGGGAUGCAGACAGCGGCGAGCACCCAGAGGCUGGCCGGUGGCUCUCAGACGCCUGAGCCACUUGGACGGUCCGCACACGGGGCCCACCUCUCCCAGCGCCCCGAUCACGACAGGCAGCCAGGGACACGGCCCUUAGCUGGCCAUCCCAGGCCCUAGAGACACACCAAACGUCCCCCACCUCUUGCGGGGCCCUCAGUGGCAUGUGGCUCUAGUGGCCUCAUCAGAAGAAACCACCCUUUGCCCUGCCUGGCACCUUCCCUGGGACCUCUCUCCACGUGGAAGCAUGGUGUACGGGGGGCCCUCUCCAGACUGGGGGAGCCCCGUGGGUCCCAUCCACAACUGCCCGGCCUGGGCCGAAGCACCUCCCGUCUGGUGGGCAACAGUUUGGGGCCCAUACCUGUCUCCUACCCAACCUGUGUCACCUGUUAAAACUCAUUUUUUGGAAACACUAGCAGCUAGAACUUCUGCCCUUUAGGACCUGGAGCCGGGUGUUGACUGUGCAUGCUGGCUCCCAGCCCUGCACACCCUCACUUGCUCACAUGGCCAGUGCCGGACUAUGUCUAGCCUGGGUUAUAGCCCGAGGACACUGC